UGUCAUCGUAUGUUGACACAUGAGUACAAACUAUGCAGCGGAGAUGUAGAAAUGACGAUCAUUCUGGACACACUCGCGGCUUGCAGGGGAUGUAUUCGUGGUAUCCGCAGUAGGGUUUAACCAGGAAUGCUACAUCAUGGUUUUAUAUACUUACUGACAUCGUCAUUGAUACCAUCACUAUGUCUACGGAUGUAUUGAGUACGGACGUGGCCAUCAUUGGUAAUGGGCCUUCAGGAAUCUGUCUGUCCUAUAUGCUGUCUGGUAACACACCAUAUUUCACUGGUCAACCGCAUCCAAAUAUAUAUUUACAACAGAAAUUGGAGGAACAUCCGGAUAUUUCUAUACUAGAGCAGGACCUCGAGUACCUCAGUGAAGGUUUAGAAGGUAGGUCAACCAAUCCAGUGGCAUUGCUGUUUGAUGCACUUCAUCAUCCCAAUGCGGACCUUGGUCAUAGUGAACCAUCUAGACUAAAGUGGAGGCAGAAUGAAGCGAAUAAAAUACCGCAUGUUGUGCUUGGCAGUACAUUACCAGGUGGAGCCUGGCAGACAAUGGGAGAUUCCAAACUCACCCUGAGUUUGCAAAGUUGGAUGGAACUGCCUGGUUUGAAUUUUGUGGAAUGGCUUCAAAAGUUACAAAAGGAUGAUAAAUGUGGAGAUUCAAUCCAAAACAGAGCCAGUUUCAGCGACGUCAGCAAAUACUACUCAGAGUAUGUUGAGUGUAUGGGUAUCAAGGAGAACUUCCUGUCUGGUGUUUGGGUGAAAUCGGUCAGACGCAUACGUGGCAAGAAAAUUAAUUACGAAAAUGGAGAGUGCGAAUUUGUUUCUGAAAAACAUGGUGAUUCGGAGAACGUGACAAAUCUGUUUGAAGUGGUAUAUGAGAAGUCUGAUAAGGAGAGUAGCAUGACUUCGGAGUUUAAGAUUCAUGCAAAAAAUGUUGUCUUGGCAACUGGAGCAUCAGAUCUCCCAAACAAACUUGACAUACCCGGUGCGGAGUUGGGCUUUGUUAAAUAUAAAGUGCAGGACCUCGAAACAGCGGUUGAGGCUGGAGAAAUGAAUGCAAAGUCUGAUCCUAUUCUCGUUAUCGGUGCUGGGCUUAGCGCUGCCGAUGCUAUUUUACAUUCCCUUAAAUCACACAUCCCAGUGGUUCAUAUAAUACGCCGACGUGUCAACGAUCCAGAGGUAAUGCUGAAGCAACUGCCGAAAGCCGUAUAUCCAGAAUACCACACAGUGUACCAGAUGAUGAAAGGCGAGAAGUCCAGUAUACCCGAUGCCCAGUACACUUGUUAUGAUCAACACAUUGUUAAGGAAAUUCAAUCAAAUGGUAUGGUCACUAUAUAUGGACCUGACGGCGCAACCAAAGAUAUCAAAGUAUCACUGGUUAUGGCAUUGAUCGGGGCCAAGGCCAACUUAAAAUUUCUCUGUUGCAGUGGUCAGCGUUACUGCGUGAAUCCUAAAAAACAGAUUUCAAGCAGGAAUCCUAUAAACAUUGACCCAUAUACAUACGAGAGUAUAGCAUCUCAGGGAAUCUAUGCCUUAGGACCUCUAACUGGUAAUAACUUUGUUCGAUUUCUCAAGGGUGGAGCAUUAGCCAUAUGCAGCCAUCUCAUAAUGAAUAAGCAUUAUGGUCCCAGAUCUAAAGAAUUAUAAAAUUACAUAUACUAAGUCGGGGUUUUAAAUUUCAAACCUUCCCAAAUGUUAAAGCAUCAUACAUGUAUAUAAAGGCAUUAAUUUUUCAUUGACUUUUAAUUAGCUGAUAUGGACAAUUCUCUAAAUUAAAUGCAAUAGAACUCAUUGUUUCAUUAGUCAAUCUGUGAACUUAAAACCCAGUGAAUAUGCUCAAAAAAUCAUAAUAGUGAAAUUAUAUGCUAAUGCAAAUAAAUAGUUUUACAGUGAUGUACUUUACUAGAGGUGAGGGGGAAA